AUGGAUUCAAAUAACGAUACAAAUUUUUCUAAAAUCCAAUGCGAUUUAAUGGAUGAACUUGGUUAUGAUGUCGUUCCAAUGUACCACGUUUUAUUUCUUCUCAGUUGUUUUACCGUUCCGUCUGGAAUUAUCUUUAAUCUUAUUUUUGUCAUUGCAUUGAUUUUUCGUGCGAAAAAACUCUUUAAUAUAACUAAUCACGCGCUUCUGUUAAGUUGUUUGGCACAAGCUCUUCUUUCGUUUCUUCAAGGACCUUUUCGAAUUUAUUUUUAUUACCAUCGCGGUUGUUUGCCACUUUCUGGAAGUGCUCUAUGCGAGUUUACAGUUUAUCUGGAUUAUAUUCCGACGCAAAUUAACGAUUUUCUGACGGUUCAACUUUCCAUCGAACGUUUUCUUUUAAUUAUGAAACCUUUUAUUUUUCAUCGAACUCGUCAUCAGCGCUUUUCAUUUGCGAUUUGUCUUCAUUAUUUGAGUUUAUUCGUUGCCAUUGUUUUCCCUUCGCUUUAUUAUCCAAUAAUCAUGCAGAAUGGUGCAUCGACCAUUGAUCUCGACAAUCCCUCCGCUACCCAAACAUGUGAUCUUUGGUAUUCAAGAGAUAUUUAUGAGUUAUUUGAUUUAUUGAUCACAUUUGUUCCGUAUUUUCUUAUUUUAACAAUGUAUUUAUUAGUCAUUGGUUUAAUGCUUUAUCGAAAGUAUGUUUACAAUGAUCAACGACAACUUCGACACGGAGGUCGAGCUCAUCGUCGACUUCUUUAUUCUCUGAAUUUAUUUCUUCUUUGGUUUCUGUUAACAUGGUCGCCUUGGGUUCUCUAUGACUUUUUUCAAACAAUUCUCAAUUUAACUUAUUCGGUUUAUAUCGAUGCAAUAACAACAUAUAUUGUUUAUCUCAAUUACGCAUUUAGUUCAACGAUCGUUUUAUUCACUUUCAAAGAAACGCGUCAGUUUUAUGUCACAAAAUUCUGUUUCCAUCGUGUUAGUCGUCGAGUUGAACCAAUCCAACAGAACCAACUUGUUUAUCCACUUAAAAUCUUCAAACAAAACAAUACAACUCGUUAA